CCAUUGACUAGACGGCGACAAACCGAGCAGCAGAGUCCACCACGGCUCUGAACUUCACAUCAUCAGAGUGGGCAGGUGAUGACUGGGAGCUCGGAUACUGUGGGACUGACGAGCUGAGCGAUGCGCACCUCCAGGGGGUCACAGUUUGGACAGGUAUGAGACCUGUGGCGCUCACGGAUGAAGGACCAGUAGAUGUUUAGAGGAUCCCAGUGUGGAUACAAAGCCAUAUUCCACUCCUAGAGCACCAGCAGGCCUGGCCCAGUUCAGCUCCACAUGGAUGGAUCCCGUUGUAGGAGCUGUACUCAUGGAAUACAAAGCCCGUGCUGGUGAGCAUGCCUGCCUGUCCGAGCCCACUCCUCUGCGGGAGCCCCUGCUCAGUCCUCUCCUCCUGACACAGCCUCUCAACGCGGACAUCCCCUGGUCGCUUCGAGUCCGCUCACCAUGAGGACGACCGCUCGGUGAUUCGGUGCCUCUGCACGCCUGUACGGACCGGAGACCCCCCCCUCUAUUUUUGGAUCGGGCUUUUGUUGACUAUACACAGGAUUUAUCUGCGGGCUUUCUUUGUGUCAAAGGGCUUAACGCAGAGUGCGCGGACGGCAGCAGAACUGGGGCUUUGCUUCACCCGCUGUUGCGCCCAGCUGCUCUCUUUGUGGCCGGGCCGUGAUGGCAGCCGGCCGGCCGGAGGUGCAGGACCACCCGCCUGAGAACGGCUUCACCCCGCUGGAGCACCCGGUGCCCCGGCUGCUGCCGCACAUCGACGGCUCGGUUCUGCCGUCUCUGGGGGGCUUUGGGAAACAUCAGAAGCAGCUCGUGGUCCUGACCUGGAUACCGGCAUUGUUCAUCGGCUUUAGCCAGUUUUCGGAUUAUUUCCUCCUGGCACAGCCCAAUGGCACGUGCGUGCAACCCCUCGCGAACCACAGUAACUGGACCGCGGCAUCCCCGCCGCUCACGCUCGCUGGAGGCGCGCCUGCGCUCCAGCUCAGAGGCAACGACACCGAGGAGGGACACGGCGACGGCAGCGGAAUGCUGUGCGCCUGCAAGGAGUGGAGGCUCGAGCUGCAGACGGGACUUAGUCAGAAUGUGGUUACCAAGUGGAACCUGGUGUGUGACUCGGCCUGGAAGGUGCACAUUGCCAAGUUCUCCUUGCUGGUGGGCUCCAUAUUUGGCUACCUGGUGAUGGGUGUCAUGGCUGACUGGUUUGGUCGACACCCGGUGUUGAUUCUCUCCGUGCUCUUCAUGCUGGUGUUUGGUCUGAGUGUUGCCUUCUCUGUGAACGUCACCAUGUUCAGCACCUUGCGUUUCUUUGAGGGUUUCUGCUUGGCGGGCCUCGCUCUCUCCCUCUACGUGCUCAGAAUCGAGCUUUGUUUGCCAGGCUGGCGUUUCUCCAUGACCAUGGUGGCCAGUUUUGUGAUGGUGGGCGGGCAGCUACUCAUGCCAGGGGUGGCUGCUCUGUGCCGUAACUGGCCGGACCGGGAUGACUGGCAGGUCCUGCAGAUUGUCAUAAUCAGCCCUUUCGUUCUGAUGCUGCCCUACGUCUGGAUUUUUCCCGAGUCGUUGCGCUGGUUGCUGGCCACCCAGCACUACAGGCGGUCCAAAGCCAUGAUGCUGGGCAUCGCCAGGAAGAACCAGGUUGACCUGACAUCCGAGCCGAGCGGAGUUCUUACAGAACUGGAGCAGGAGCUGCACAAGAAACCCCAGAGGACCUGCAUUGUCAAGAUGAUGAGCACCAGGAACCUGUGGAAAAACAUUGUGGUGCUGUGUGUCAACUCGCUGACAGGUUAUGGGAUCCACCACUGCUUCGCUCGCAGUAUGAUGGACCCGGAGGCCCAGCCCACUGCUUUGUGUCAUGCCGACUAUUACACUAUGGCCGGCAUCGCUGUGGCAACCUGCCUGGCGCUUUGCCCUGCGGUGGGUUUGAUGGGUCGGCGUGGAGGGCUGCUCACCUUCAUGAUCAUAACGGCACUGGCAUCGCUGCUGCAGCUGGGUUUACUCAACUUGAUAGGGAAGUACAGCCUCCGCCACGACACAGUCCUGCGAGACACGCUUAACAGGAAAUUCUCGGUGGCCUUCUCCAUCAUCGGCAUGUUCUCCUCUCACGCGGUCAGCACGCUCAGCAUAUUCUUCUGUGCUGAAAUCACUCCGACUGUUAUCAGGGGUGGAGGGCUGGGCCUGGUCCUGGCCAGCGCCGGCUUCGGCAUGCUCACCGCACCCAUCAUGGAGCUGCACAACCAGAAGGGUUACUUCCUGCAUCACGUGAUCUUCGCCUGCUGCACCCUGCUGUGCAUCAUCUGCCUGCUGCUGCUGCCUGAGCCGCGGGGCCAACCCCUGCCGGAGAGCCUGGCAGACGGGGAGACCUUCACCCGUCAGACGCUGCUCCAUCCAGGGGAGCAGCACCUCCUCCUCGCCAAGAGUGACGGGGACUACUCCCGCGUCCACGACACGCCGUUACACCUCUCAGCCACUGGGGGCGCCACAGUGGCAGUAGCCACUGCUCUGGCAGCCGUCCCUGCCUCAUACGCCCUGGCGACAGGUGGGGAGGUGAUUGGAAAUCGUGCCAUAGCCAAUGGCGUGUGAGCAUCGUAGCAAUAGUCUACUACUGUGCUUUUAAUCGCUCGAGCAUUAACUGACUGAAUGGUCAGGGAAAUAAAAAAAAAAAAAACUUUUGAGGGAAAAAAGAAUCGGAUGAACCAGAUGAACUCUCGUCAUGGUGAGGUUUGAGAUGGUGACGAUAAUACAUUUGUGUAGUUUGUAGUGACUAUGAUUCAUUCAGGAGUUGCCAAAAAAAACUUGUACUGGACUAAGUUUACCUGAAGUCAGUGUGUGUUCAAUAACAUGAAAGUCCUCAGUGGUGUUGGUGAUUUUCUUGCACUGCCGUCCGCCCUGCGGGGGCUGAUUCACAGGUAACAGAAGAAGCCGACGCAGGCAAGCGAAGAGACAAAGAAGAGCAGAAUAGCUUUCGAUAACGUGUGCUCCGUGAGUUUCUGUUUGUAGUGUUGACUCGUCGAGACAGGAUUUGACUGCAUCUUAUAACUGCUUCGAAGUUAUUUUGCACUAAAUGUCAGAGACACAAUCAAGAGAGCCAACAAAUCGGAGACCCAGGGAUUGGCUAAACCACUACCACUCUUUGCAUGAAAGGGCACAAAUAGUUUUCCUUGUUUUUGUUUUUCUUCUGAUCCCUACAAGUCCAAUGUGGCACUUUAUCCUCAGAGGUGGGGUCAGCGUGGACACUGAUGUGUGAAGAAAGCAUCACUGCUGCUGUUGUGGGUGUAUGAUGGUUGUCUGAUGUGACGAACAGCCGGAGACCUUGGCAGACUGCACGUGUAGGUUUUAAUGCUAAACAAAUGUGAGAGUUGAACAGACAUUAGAGCGAGCAGCCAGUGUGCUUCUGUAUGUCUUAUGACGCGUCUCGGCAUUUAAACGGCUUUAUCAGGAUGGCUCUGUUCUUUUAACAAAACGGAGAAUGUAAUUUAAGAAAAUCCAGUAUUUAUUUUGUCAUGCUGCCAAGGGCAGUUUGUUGCUUGAAAUACCUCCUUAAUUAGCAAAUAUUUCCACUCCAAGUCUCACUCCUCCUCCUCUGUACUGUGGUAAUGUUGUAAUCCUGCUCCUCGGACGUGUAACUCUAGCCAGAAAGCACAAUAUUUUACAGUUUUUUGAGAUAAGCGUCUGUGAAGAUUAGAAUAGAGCAGAGUUGUCUGCAUGGACCUGGCAUAGUUGUGAUUAGUGUACAUUUCCACACUUUACUACGUAAGUAUCCCUUAGGACUGCAUUAAAACAUAAGGUAUGUGUUCAUGUGCCAUUCGUUCAUGACGUACGGACGUUCAGCCUCACUUUUAUAGAAUAUAAGCACAGUGAAUAGAUUAACAAUCCCGUAAACCAUUUCUGUCCAAACGUACCUGAAU